AUGCCUCGUUCACUACUUCUGAUUGUGCUCCUGUGUUGUCUUCCUCUGGCAACCUGUUUGCACUGUUACACCUGCGUCUUCCCCUCCAUCUCUCCUAUGGACUGCCUACAGUUUCCCCAGGAAUGCCCGGCUGGACAACUCUGCCUGUCGAGCACUGCGACGGGAAUACGAGGUCCUCUACAGGUGACGAUGUACGAGAAAAGCUGCGCUCUUCCCACCCAGUGUGGCAUUAGUGGGCAGAAAUACACCACAGGUCUGUUCUUCAACUACACCAACAUCUGCUGUGAUACGGACCUGUGUAACGCGGCUGUGACCGCUGCUGCCCUCAGCUGGGGAGGAGUGGUGCUCUGCCUGCUGCCUGCGCUCAGUCUCCUGCUGGCCUGA